UCACGGUCGGCGAUGAUUGGUUCUCGCUCUGAUGACCGCGGAGUUGAUGGGCUGAGUGUAUUCCAGUGAUGGCGGAGUCUGGGGAGCUCCGAGAGAGGAAGCCGUGCAGUGGGGAGCAGGCUCCGGAUAGCGGGGGCCCCCCCAGGACGGAAGAGAGGAUGACGGCGCAAGAGUACUCCCGGCGGCUGCAGGAAUGGCUCUGGCAAUCUUAUUGUGGCUCUGUGUGCUGGCAGAACAACUGUGCAACCGCCGCAGCUCUGCUCAUGAUCAACGCGGCCCCGGGGAGUGUGGGGGACCCGUCCAGGGCGACUACCAACCGAGCACCUACCGCCCACAGUGCGGUCAGUACAGCGCCUCCUCCUGCAGCAGGUCGUGAGUUCAUUAUUCCUACUUUGGCACAAAGGUUCAGAGCCGAGAUGGUGGACUUCUUCAUUCUCUUUUUCAUAAAAGCAGCUGUUAUUUUAAGCAUAGUGCAUUUUAGUGGAAUAAAAGAUAUUUCCAAAUUUGCAAUGCACUACAUAAUUGAAGAAGUAGACGAAGAUACAUCAAUGGAAGACCUACAAAAAAUGAUGGUGGUGGCACUUAUUUACAGGCUCUUGGUCUGUUUUUAUGAGAUUAUCUGCAUCUGGGGAGCGGGUGGUGCAACUCCAGGAAAGUUCCUGCUUGGCCUUCGGGUUGUGACAUGCGAUAACUCUGUGCUGGUUGCUCCAAACAGAGUAUUAGUGAUCCCUUCCACAAAUGUCAAUAUGACUGCGUCGACAGUCCGAGCUGUGAUCAAGAAUUUCUCCAUUGCUUUCUUCUUCCCUGCAUUUAUUACAUUGCUAUUCUUCCAGCAUAACAGAACAGCCUAUGAUAUUGUAGCAGGAACCAUUGUUGUAAAGAGGAACACGAGAUGAUGUAUAUACUUUCUUUUGCCAUUAGAACAUUGCUGGAUGGCUUGUAUAGCACAGAGUUCCUUUGGAAGCCUAUUUAUUAUUGUAAAAAUCAGUUUUAACUAUAAAAGGUGUUAUUGAUUGACUCCAGGAUAAUCUUCAUAGAACCUCUCGAUGACCAUCUUCAUUGUUGAUUCCGAUUAUCAGUAUUGUCAUUUGGAAGAAAAAGCUAUGGAUUUCAAGAAAUUUAUAUAUAAAUUGCUUUUUAAAAAAAUGUGGACUGUACAUAGAUUUGUAUGUCUGUAGUAUAUUACUAAGCUCUGCAUAUUCUCAGGCUGACCUAUGAAAAAUCGAGAUGUUACCUAUAGCAACCUAUGAGUUUCCAUGUCUCAGUUUACCAGUGGUAAAAUGAGGUGCUGUACCAGCUGUGCAUGUUUAAUUUUGGUUUGCUUUACCUGAUGAUAAAUGGUAAUCAUAAAUGUGUUUAAAAGCAAAAGAACAUGCUACACAGUACAGAAUGAAGGUUUCCCCCACCCAGUGAAUUAAUUAAAUGCCAUAGUAUCCCCAAAUUACUGCUGAACUACAUGUCAGUAACUGUGCUUUAUGCAAACUUGGAUAUAAAACAUUGAUAUGUCUAUUAAAACACAAUUCCAGCACCUCUGCCCCCAUGCAUGCUGUUUUCUUUAAGACUUCUUCAGGACAGUUCCAUGUCAAGCAGGGUCCUCUUCUAUAGUGCUGGGCAGUCCCCAGUAACAUCAUGCACUCGCAUCAUUUAACCCAGAGAGGAUCCAGUGUUGGAACGUGGAGCAGUGAGUCUUUGGGAGGGUGAGUGUCCGCACCAGAGAGGAGGUGAGUAAUACAUAAUUACUAGAGAACUAAUGGAAGCUUAACCUAAAUAUUUUUUUAGGCAUUAAUUUUGCAAAGAUGCAGAGUCUCUACAAAACAUUUUAAUAAAAACAAAUUGCUUGUCACACUUUA